AUGUCUGACUUACUUUUGGAAGAUUUUGUCAACCAAGAAUUUCUGCUUAGAACCAAAGAGGUAGUACAGCAGUCUGAAAAGAUCCACCUGAAUGCUCACCAACUUUUUGACAAGCCCAGAAGGAUCUUCCAAGAAUCUGUUAGAGACAUAUAUAUUAAGUUACCAGUGUUUGCUGAAGGAGGGACAUGUGAAGUGAUAGCAGCACACAGAUGCUGUAAUAAGAAUCGCAUCGAGGAGCGGUCGCAAACAGUAAAAUGUUCCUGUCUGCCUGGGAAAGUAGCUGGAACGACAAGAAACCGACCUUCCUGUGUUGAUGCCUCCAUAGUGAUUGGGAAAUGGUGGUGUGAAAUGGAGCCUUGUCUAGAAGGAGAGGAAUGUAAGACACUCCCUGAUAAUUCCGGAUGGAUGUGCGCUACAGGCAAUAAAAUUAAGACCACAAGAAUUCACCCAAGAACCUAACAGAAGAAUUUGAUGUAGUAAUAAAGGAAAAUCAACUCUGCGGAAAACACUUUUUAAGAAUUUAAAACAUCUCACCCAUUACAAACCAAAUGGAUUUCCAAUUUGCAUCUUUGACUGCUUACCAGAUAAUGAGUGGUUUUACUGUGUGUCACAAAGUACCCUGUAAGGAGAAGACCUGGAAUCCUUGGCAUGGAAUUUCCUGAUGGAAAAUGGGAUUUGAAGAAAAUGGCUUUCUCAAUGGAAAAAAAUUUGGAUUAUGAACAACAAUCAACUCUUCUCUAAUUUGGAUCUAUAAUUACUUUGUACUAUUUAAAAUAUAUGUAUAUAUAAUAUUUUGAAAUAUUAUAUAUUCUCUCCAAAAAUGAACCAUAUCACAAUUUAAGGCAACUGGUGUAUCUCUUGAGUUUUGGAUUUCUUUUGUUUUCUUGUCUUCUUUUUCUACUGGCAAGGAAGACAUGUGCCCCUUUGAGAGUUCAACAUAGCACUUGCACUCGCAGGCCAGCUACAGGUGGACUCCUGGAAUCUGAGGCAUUCCAACUAUACUGAACCAAGAGCUUCCUUUCAUUCCUAGCAGCUGGUCCAAGGAAGCACAUUGUGCUGUUUUAUUGCUUUCUACUCUGUGCAAUAUUAGCAUGCAGGCUUGGCUUACAUAACCAUACUUUAUAUUCAAUUGAUAUAUAAUAACCAUUCUAACCUCUUCCAGGAAAAUAUUUUUAGAAGUACUAGCUUUUCCACAAAUACAAGUGAGAAUUCUUGAGGGAGCUGUUCCACCAAGCUAUUAAGACUCUGGCAGAGUUAUGGCAGAAUAUGGAUCCCUGUAUUAAUAAGUGCUGUACAUACAAUGUCUUAAGGCUUUGUAUACUAUCCUAGACUUCAGAACUGUCCUAUGAUUAAAUCCAAAGUCUGGCAUCAUUAAGUACAUAGUGCUGUAUCAACAAGUCUUAUCAUGACACCUCUUUCUGUGUUGAUUUGCUUUUUUUGAGAGUGUUUAGAUUUCUGGUGACAUAGAAAGACCAUUAAAACAAUUAGGUUUCAGAAUGAUCAAUGUGACCAAAUA